AGAGAGAGGGAGAGAGAGACAGGGAGAAAGGAAGGGGGGUGCAGAGCAGGAGAGAAUCAGAAUCAGACCGUGAGAGAGCUGACAAUAUAAGCAUAGGAUGAGGGUGCAGAGAGAGAACGCAUAAGAUAGUAGAUAGAUACAGAGGCAGAGGUGUUCAGUGCUGCACAAUAGUGCCGGAGGCUGCUGGAAAGAGAGAGAGAGAGAGAGAGAGAGAGAGAGAGAGAGAGAGAGAGAGAGAGAGAGAGAGAGAGAAAGCAGGCAUCAUGGCAGCGCUCACUGCAUCAUCACGACACAUGGGGAUGUUUGGCUGCUGCUGGUGAACACUGUGUGAUGCAGAGGAGAGAGUCGAGGACUUCCUGGAAACCAAAAGCAAGCCAAGGAAACAGGUGCGACCAGUGGGAGGAGCCACACAAUGAGUGGGAUCCUGAAGAGGAAGCUUGAAGAGGGCCCGUCCCCUUACCUGUCCCUACAGGGGUCUGAUGAUGAUGAGGUUUCCUGCAGCGACAGUGGCAACAGCAGUGAUAGUCUCAACCAUCCCGUCCCCUCUGGACUGCUGGACUCCACUCUCCAGCAGCAGUCGAAGCGACUGCGGGGCCGAAACGUGCACUUUGAGAGCGUGACAGUCUACUACUUCAACCGUCGGCAGGGCUUCACUAGUGUGCCCACACAGGGUGGCAGCACCCUGGGGAUGUCACCACGUCACAGCGGCGUGAAGCGCUUCACCCUCAGGGAGUUCGCCAUGGAGCAGAAACGGAGCCACCGGAACAUGCUGAGGGAUCAUCUUAAAGAGGAGAAACUCAAUGCCAUCAAACUCAAACUGACUAAGAAUGGAACCGUGUCAUCCGUGGAGGCGGAUACCCUGACGCUCGAUGACAUCUCCGAAGAUGACCUGGAUGUGGACAACACGGAGGUGGACGACUACUUCUUCCUCCAGCCUCUGACUACCAGGCGGCGCCGCGCCCUUCUCCGCGCCUCCGGGGUCAGACGCAUCGACGUGGAGGAGAAGCACGAGCUGCGUUCCCUGCGCAUGUCCCGAGAAGAGUGUGGGUGUCGCUGCCGGGGGGUAUGCGACCCGGAGACCUGUGCUUGCAGCCUGGCCGGCAUUAAGUGCCAGGUAAAUGGAACUGUGGUGGACCGCAUGUCCUUCCCUUGUGGCUGCGCCAAAGAAGGCUGCAGCAACACCACGGGACGCCUGGAGUUCAACCCGGUCCGGGUGCGCACCCACUUCCUGCACACCAUCAUGAAGCUGGAGCUGGAGAAGAGCCGCGAGGAGCAGCAGCAGCAGCCGGAGCAGCAGCUUGUAACCAAUGGCAACGGUUACCAUGGCGACUCCUCCUUGGUCCAGCAGCAGCAGCAGCCGAACCUGCAGUUUCCACUGAUGAAUGGCACGCCGCAUAUUCCCAUCAUGCACCUCCAGAACACAGGCGACGCGGAUUCACAUCUAGAUGAAGAGGAGGAAGAGGAAGAAGAAGAGGAGGAGGAGGAGGAGGAGGAGGAGGAGGAAGACGAAGAGGAUGAGGAUGAUGAAGCUUAUGAGGAAGAUGAAGAUGGAAGCAGUGUUUGCAGUGGGCUGUCGGACUGCAGCACGCACAGCUUAGAAACAAUCGAUCCAGAGGAAGGAGAAGAAGACGAGGAGGAUGAAGAAGACGAUGAUGAUGAGGAGGAAGAAGAGGAAGAGCAGGAAGACUGGGAUUGCUCGUUGCACGGGACAAGUCCUCCGCCCUACUCAGUUCCACUUCCUUCUGUGCUGAGUUACUCUAAUAACACGCUCAUGAGCCUCAGUAACCCCUUCCACAACCCUCCCUCCAUGCAGCAUUAUCAAAUAGACAGUUCUGUAAAUGACACGCCUGCUUUUCUCAGUGAAAAUAUCACCGUCGCCCCCACACUGCCCACAGUAGAAACUGCAUUAGAGUCUGAAAUCAACACAAAACUCCACUGCCAAACAGAGCAGCAGAGCAUUCCCUGCCAUUUCCCUGACCCCAAAGAGUCCCUGACUCUCCAAACUUGCUCACAUGUAGACACCCGUGAGAGCAACACUGCCCCUGCUGGUGCAGCCGACGAACAGCCGCUCUUGACGGACCUCCAGAACAAUCCAGGCCAUCAUGACUCACAGACUGAGGCUGAGGCUGGGUCUGUGGAGCAGACACAGGAGAAAACAAGGGAGCUGAUACAGGAGCAACCUGGACUGCUAAUGCAGGGAGACACCGAUCAAAUAACAAGCAUGUCACGCUCAGAGAGUACCUGAUGAUUCAAAUGCUUUAGAGAGGGAUCAGUUAAUAUUUGGAAAUCUUUAUUCAAGAAUUGUGACCUUCAACCAUCAGAGUUUGAUUUAUUCUCGAUAAGUGCACUUUCAAAGAGAGAAUAUGUCGGCUCAAAGAGGUGAUCUAAUUUUAGCUCAAUUUGUCUCUAAACCUUUCUAAGAUUGUUGGUUUAACACUAUAAAACUCUAAUGCUAAAGCUCAAUAAAACAGUGUUUCUGUACGUUACUUGUAUAAUUUAUGCCCUGUUAUAAAGUCUUUGAUCAUUACAGCAUGUUUCGUGGUUGUGACUGGCAUCUAUGACAAAUCAAGAUUUUGAGGUGCUUGUAUUGUUUCACUAUUUUCCAUUGUGGUGGUGUCUCAUCAUUGCUGCUAAUCGUUCUUAAAUGCCUGUCUGUAAAGCAUGUGUUCAGUUUACCUAAGAUGUUUCAAGGCUUAACACCAACUGUAAAAUGAUAAAACACAUAAAUCCGUUAUAAUUCAUACUAACGGUCUUUUUUGUUCCUUUUUGUGCUCAGAUUUUAGCCUGGCUAGCAGCGUGGCUAGGUCUUUGGCCUAGACUUGAAUAUCGCAACAAUUAUUGGAUGAUUUGCCAUGAAAUUUUGUACAGACAAGCAACUAUAAUCAAUAUUCUUAUAUUACCAAUGGAUCACAUGACUACACAGGAGUGUAGUGUUUUAGCUUCUUUCAGCUCAUUGUAUUGGUUGUCCUGCCUGCAACUUUACUAUUUUGAUCCAUUCGUACUGCUCUCACAGCGUAGUUUUUAGCCACAGGAGGCAGCUGUUUUCUCAGCUGUACACUAGCUGUCCCUCACCAAACGUUUAAAGACUAGCUGGUGAACAUAGUGGAGCAUUUAGCAGCUAAAGAGCCAGACAUUUCCCUCAGGAGUUGGUAGAGACCAAAAACAGAGCUAAAAGAGAGUGAAUAUUGGACUUACAUUCAUCAGGUUGACACAAACAUAACUCCAAAUAAAUGCUAAUGUAGCUUUUCAUCUCCUAAGCAACGUUUGGCUAACAAAUUUGUUAUAUCAACUUAAAAAGCGAUAAUAUGUCUUAUUGCAUUUACAGCUUUAUUCCGAUGCCUCCAAGUAGCCAAAAAUCACUUACUGCAAGUUUAACUUAGCGCCAUACUUUAUUUUAUGACCAAAUACCUGCAAAACGAAUGGCAUUCCCAUCAACCAUAGCUGUACAUCGUGUUAAGUGCUCAUUAGGAAAUGUUACACGCUAUGUUACGAUAGUGAACAUUAACACCAGCAUGUUAGCAUUGCCACUGUGAACAUCUUAGCAUGCUGACAUUAGCAUUUAGCUCAAAGCACCGCUGUCCCUAAGUACAGCUUCACAGAGCUGCUAGCAUGACUGUAGACUCUCAGUGUCGUUUGAGCUUACAGAAAAAAACAACCAUUUUAUUUUUACACACAUACAUGUGUCAGAGCAUUUAGUAAGAUUACAGAAACGUUCCUCUGUGCAUGUCAUUUAUCAUUUUGUGAACAACUGCACUUUUUUCAGUUUUCAGAUAAGUUAAGGCUUGUGUCGACAAGGCUUGUGAGUAAUGAACUUUGUUUCUCAAUACUGCCAAAACUGAGGGCCAAAUAUAUCUUGUGUUCUUUUUUCAAACAACUGUACAUUUCCAUGAGUUGGAUUAAAAAACAUUCCAUCAUCUACAUCCAUCUCAGUUUAAAGGUGGUUAAUUAACUGUGUUGGUGGCUACUGAUUUGAGUUGAAGAUACAGUUUUUACUCUUGUAAACCCAAAAAAAAAUUUCAUAAAAUGGACAAGAUGCAGAUAAAUAAAACAAUAAUUUCUUCACCAUGGACAGACAAAAUCCACAAACACUGAGUAUUCCAUUUUUCUACCAGCAGAUGGCAUCUGUUGCUUAACAACUGACUUCAUCUUGUUGGCCAACAUGAGGGGGUUAAAUAAUUUUUUUUUUUUUUUGACGUCAGUGAAUUUGUUCAUUGCAUGUUUUCUGCCUCAGGACAAUCUGUGACACUGGUUUUGCUCAGAACAUCGGUCUUUUCACACUGAAAAUAUAAGAAAAUGUGCAUACAAGUCAGGCUUCGGGGACAUUUUGACAUCAACUAAAACCUUUCAAGUCACAGGAUGAUCUGUCUUACUGCUGUGUCACCCUGCUGUCCCAUUCUCAUUUAUAUACUCCACCAGUGCUUCCAGUUUGAAUUGGUUGCACCUUGCAGCCUCUAGAGGGCACUGCUGAGUUAACUUUCUUUGGGGUGAGGCAGCCAUCAGACACGGGCAAGAGGAAGCUGUGUGUUCCCACCUCAUUGGCCAGGCUAUUCAUGUAUAGACAUAUUUUCAUGGCUCGUUGCAUAACCACACAACAGACUCUGCAGCAGGUGCUGGGCACAAUAGAAAGUAAAUGUACAUUCAGCUGUCCUUUAUGAUCCUCCUACAAUGACGUGUACACUAUAGGCUGUACCUUGGGUUUUGUUAGGUCAUCACUUGACCUCUCCCAUUUCUUAUAUAAUUAAACCGGUAAGGUGUGUGUCCACUCUGUUGGGGGUUGGUUGCUUUUAGCCAGCAAGGUAUUGUGGGUAAGCAAGCUCAGAGACGCUGCUGAUCAAUCACAGGCAGAGGAGCUGUAAUGUUAGGUUGCUAAGCAACAGGAAGGGAGAAGCAGCAUAGCAUUUGGAGGGGGACUGCUGGGUGGGGGUAGUCUCAGCUUUUCACCUCCGUCUCCCCCUCCUGUCUAUCCCAACACCACCUUCUCCUUCUCCCUGUACGUGUCUGCCUGGCUCUUGUGGUCGACGGAACUUGAUCCUGCAUAAUUUGGAGAAGACACUGACACUAAACACUAAGUGACUGUGAUGUGUGACCGUCAUCUUGAACAAACACUAAACAUGCUGAAUACUGAAAAUGCCACAUAUACAGCACCUUUAAAAUUCCUUUAGCAAAUUCUAACAGCACAUGCCAUUCAGUCAUUCAGCCAUUUCCCCUCAUUGCUAUUGUCCCAUUCUCUCCAACUAUCUGAUCCAACUAAGGAUUUUUAGCCCUAACACACCACACUUUCGGCUUGCUGGAUUUCAAAACACAAAUCUGUCUUUGAGCUUGAAGGUUUAUUGUUCGACAAAAAUGUUUUAACUCUUUUAACUCACUUUCUUCCAGACUUUUCAGCCACAUCUUGUGGCCUUCAUGAGCAAAUGAAGCUUGCUCAGUUGUCAUGGAAACUAUUUGGUUUGUAACUUUCGUCAUGCGAUAAUAGAUGGUCAUAUGUGGGAUGAUGAAGACCAGGAGAUGUGGCUGAAAGCUGCGGAAGAAAUCCCGUAAGAGAAUCUUGAGUUACAUUUUUUUGCCGAACAAAUCUAUAAAUUCUGUUAUGAAACAAAUGCAGUGAAAAUGUUUUUGGAAUUUGUAGUCACUUUAGAAAUAUAUUAUUAUGGGCUUUUCAGCUUUUAUUUGAUAGUGAUUUAAUAUUAAUCUACAUUGACUAAUUAUAUCAUUAUAUUUAUUAAUAAUUAAGUAUUGAUUUAUCCUUCUUCACUUUCAUGACAACUGAGCAAACACCAUCGUCUGAUGAAGGCCAUGAGAUGCAGCUAAAAGCCCUGAAAGAAAUCUAGUAAGUGGACCUUGAGUUAAGAAUUUUUUUUUGUCAACAUACCAUUUCCAAGGUCAAGAAUAAAUGUUGAAGCUCAACCUGUGUUUAUGAGUUUUGAACCCGUCUGUGAAUGAUUAGUACAUGUGUGCUAACAGUUAAUAAAUGUUCUAUAACACACUGAAAGCUUUGCUCAUGAGUGUAAUCGUAUAUCAUUAGAUAUGAUUAGAUAUUACAGCCAUGCUAUACUCUGUUACCAAUCAUUCAUUAACUGUUUAUACACCAGUUACAGAUGCUUCACAGGAGGAUUUAUAGUUUUUGAAAACAUGAACACAUUAAUAAACACUUAGGAAAAUGCUUAUAUCUGCCUAUAAGCACAUUACAGUGUGUUACAAACCAUUUAUUAAGUAUCUGUAUACUGCUUAUAAAUGCUUAAUAUCAGAAGGUUGAAUAAACUGAAUAGACUGAAAAGUCUCGGUAGCUAAGUAUCUGUUUUAACCUCAUUGAAUAUGCAGAGCCUCUCACCUCCUUCCAUCAUGUCUCCAGCAACAUGAGCUCUCACCUCACAAUGAAUGCAUCCUGCAUGCAAAAUAUGCUUCCCAAAAUAGGUUUUAUUUUGGAAAUCUAGAUUUUGUGUUUUGUUGCCACAUCUUUGGUUAUAACAAAAAAAAAAUGUCACUUGUCACAUUUUGCAAAUUGACACAUAGUUAAGUGUAACAUGUACUUGAACCACAUGAAUGAUCCUGUUCAACCAUAGUUCCCGCCGUGUUAAGCACUCAUAUUUCAGGUUCAGAUCACAGAUCAAAGAGCAGAACCAACGAACAAAGAAAAGGCUGGAAAGGAAAUGGAGAAAUUAAACAAGCAUUUACAAAAAAUAUGUCCUUUAUUCUUUUGGCUUUAAAAUUAUAUUACCAUAUGGGCGGACAGUAGUCACUUCUUGCAUGCAGUUCACUAAAACACUACAAGCGUAAUGAGAGAUGGCUACUGAUUGCUUCAUGGUUUCUAUCUAUAGAUAUGGGGACCAUACAUGUGUUUCAUCAUGUGUUACAGUGCAGAAAGGACAAAACGAGUUCUAGAAAAAAUGUAAAUCAAAUCCGAAGACUGGAAAAAUGCACUCAUAUCUACAGUAAAAAUGUUAUUUAUAAUCGGUAGAACAUAAGCAACCCGCCGACCCCAGUUGCACACAAACACACUUGCUCACACACAGAAAUAGAUGCUUACAUUCUCGCAGUCUCCAUUUCUCACAAAUAUACACAGACAUACAAAUA